CUCAGUGGCGGUGGAUCGGCGGCGGCGACAGGUCGGCGGACCUCUCCGGCACUCACACACACCACCGUCAUGUCUCGUGUUCAGCUAGUGCUAUUGCUGCUGACGGUCAUGCUGUCAUCACUGGCGCUCGCACAGCUCGUCCAAGAGCCAGAGGAUGAGCUCAUGAUUCGACUCACCAGAGACAAAGAGAAGAGCAUGGUGAAAACGCUUCACAUGCUUCAAGAGCUUGACGACUUCUACUCAAAACUCUCCAGACCGAGUCCAGCGACCGGUCUCGCACGCCCGGAGAAACGCGACAGCGACAUUAAACCGAAGCACUACGAGCUGCUCCGAAAGAUCGACGAACAGUAUGCACAUCGGUAUCGACCUAGGUUUGGAAAGCGGACCUCCCUCGCAAGUCGGGCAGGCUACUCAGAGGAGGAGCCCAGCCUUUUGAGUCGUCUGCUUCGUCAGCGGUGAACAGGUGACCCCGUGAGCGCCCGCAGACACCUCCCGGUAGCCCGGCACCGACAGGCCUGCCAUCUCGCGGCAACCCAGUGAACCGCGUCACUGGACCGCGCGGCUGACCCCUUGGUGCCGCCCGCACAUUCCAACUGGUCUCAGUGGUCGGGCCAUCGAACUGAAUUCGUGCCAACAUCACUUGUCCGACACUACGACCCAGCAUAAGGCGGGAUAAAACGACAGCCUAGUCCAUCGGCCCACUGGACAAAGUGCUGGACUACUUAUUAAUUAGUACCUACCUAUCCGAAGUGAUAAGAGUUUGCUGUUUAAAUCAGAUAAUCUUGUGUUCGUCACGGUAGCAUUGUCGCAUACAGAGUAUCUAUGUGUUUUGAGAUGAUAAAUAUGUUGCUUGGAAAUACAGUGAGCGAUAGAAAAGAAAAGUCACUUUCAUUUGCGCCAUUCCCAAAAUAAUUUCACCUGGUCCAAUACAAAGCCGUUAAUUAAUCUGGAUGCAUCCUUAUUGCUCUCGUUGUGAAUAUGUUGUCAUGAGCAUACAUCUUGCGCCGGGAAAACAGGUGGUUGCUUGCUGUCACCACUGUAUACCUAUCAUCAACGAAAAUAAAAGGUAUCAUUAGCGCA